CACUUGUUUAUUUCUAUGGUAACAGAUGAUUUAUUAAAACAAUCGUAUAUUUAGUUUGCAAAUCAGAAAAUAAAAGAACUGGUAUAGGAAAUAUCUAAAUAAAAAUGGCAGAAGAAUAUUCGUCUCAAGAUGUAACCCUUAGUGGAAAUCGAAAAUCUAACCAUAAUAUGGAAAUUCCAUUGCAAGAGAGAAAUUAUAGAACUGAAAACCAUAGAAAUGAUAACCUGACAGAUGAUAUUUUAUAUAAUAAUACAAAUAAUGUUGACAACAUUCCUAAACGAAAACGAUAUAAUUUUAUCCCCGUUUUUGAUGAGAAUGCGACCUCCGAAGAGAGAAUUUCUACUUUGUACCAGUGUAUUGAUGGUGUUAGAAAAGCUUAUGUAGACGCUAAAGCCAAGUUGGCCAAGCUAGAUAAAAAAAGUAGAAAAUUCAAGAGACUGCAGAAAAAGGCAAAAGCAAAGAAUAUGCCGGAUAAACAAAUAAAUACAAAUUUGGAAUCCAACUUAAAUUCUGUAACUGAGAUAUCUUCAGAAGAUGAGUGUAUCACUAUUAGCGACGAUGAUGACGUAGUGUUCGUGAAUUAGAGUAGCACACUGUUUACUAUUACAAUUUAGGCAUAGAUUAAUGUAGCUAUAUUUUAUAAUUUUAUUACUUGUAUGUUAGAAUGUAUUUGUUGUAAAUUGCAGUUUAAAGAGUAACCGUCACAAUUCAAUUACGAAAAGAUUCCAGUGCCUUUUCUAUAAAUGUUUAUGAACGAUCAUGUAUCCUUUUGCAUUGGGGAUGCUGGUGUGCCGUUUAGCAUUAUUCGCGAUCGCAGGUGCAAUUUAUGGUUCUCUCAAGAUCGAAUUCCAAGAUUUAUAACGUCUAUCGGGGAAACUAUUGCCUAUACUUCUUAUCCCUCUGAUAUCUCUGGGGAAUCGAGAUUUAUCAAAAAUCGCCGCUAUCACUUCCAAAUCGAAUCAUAUUAGUUUUCGCAUAUUACGGAUGGGUGCGUGUAUUGUGCUGACGGGUCCAUCUGCCACCUAUUAACUUGUUAGAGGAUGUAUAUAUUUUUUCUUUAUGACAGCUCGAAAUUGUGCUAUCGGUUACGUAUUAUUCAACUCCAAAUCCUAGGGUCAGUCUUAAAGUGCUGACACCUUUUUAAAAUUGUUUUCUGUACCAACAAAUUACUUUCCAAUUUUUUUACCUAACAAAUUUUAGUCACAUAACUAUUGUGUUAAUAUUGAAGUGUAUGAAAUUAGCAGUUUUUAAAGAUUAUUACUAGAAAUAUACUUGUAAUUGUAAUUUGAUGAGACUGCUAAAUUUUAUAAUAAAUAUUUGUAACUGUUAUGUUUAUAAAAAGACAAAUAAAAUAAAUAGAUGAAAUUAG